UGCCGGAUGAGAAAUGUGGUAAAGAUAAGAUAUGAAGUGGAAAGGAAAAAGCGGGCAGCAGGAAGGAUUAGGAACGAACGGACCGUCGUCGCGGAUGGAUUGACCAAAACCAUGUCAACAAAUGCAACAUCUUCCUGAUGCUUCACUCAUUGCCAGCGAUGGAUCAUAGUAUUUUCCGAUUUGCCAUGGCAUGCGGGUUCGGAAAGAGAUAUCACUCAAGCAAUGCUUAUGCUUCGAGAUCAAACAUUCAAGUGAUAAGUCAUCUCAUUCAAUUCACAACCAUCCGAACUUUCUUCAGAUGCGAUGCGACCUCAGAGAAGCAUUUAAAAUUAUCCACUCGACGUACUUCAUUUAUACCUCACCCUCGAAAACCACUUUGUGUUUUCUUUCAAACAACCCGUGGAAUUUUUAUUUACUUGAAACAAUCCCUUGAUUGGCCAGUGUCACUUGAAUUUAUUACUCCCCUGCAAAACAGCAGUCAUUCGUUCAAUAAGGAGUAAUAAAUUCCCCCAAUCAAAAUCCUUUGGAAUUAUUCCAUUUAGGCAUUUUCAUUUAUAUUCAUUUACUCACUACUUCUCGCGCGUAUAGCUAUUUUGAUAGAUUAAAAUGGUUGUGGGGUAUUAGCAUGGAGAUGCUUAAAUAUGAACCAUCCUCAACUUUAUGUAGAAUGAGAGAUAAGAUUUCCAUUUUCUUCCUUUAGUACUUUUACAUCUCAUCUCUACUCUGUUUAACAUCAUGAUGAAUAACCUCGCCUUGUUGGCCUUGGUUGGCUGCACUCUCGCUUCUCCUACCGAAUCUAUUACAUCCCGUGCUACUACUAAUACUAAAUAUCUCUUCUCCUUGUAUUUAUCCUUCUUAUUCAUAUGAUCAUUCAAAUACUAAUAACUGCAGUGGCGAUUCAUACUCUCAGACUGGUUUUGAAAUCUCCGGCACUAAGCCAUCAGCUGGAAAUCCCAUUGGUAACCCAGCAUUUCCGGGUUAUACGACCGACAACGGCAUCAAUUGGAUUGGACAUCUUGUAGAAACCUACAACUCCUCUCUUCUUCUCUCAUACAACUUUGCUUAUGGUGGCGCUGUUGUGGAUGCUAGUAUCGUAACACCAUAUGAACCCACAGUCUUGACCCUUGUCAACCAAACUGCCGAAUUCAUCGACAACCUCUCUCCAGCACCUACCGAUGUCACUUGGACUGCACAUAACUCUCUUUUCGCCCUGUGGUUUGGUGUUAAUGAUAUUGGUAACUCGUAUUGGUUAUCCAAUGAAACGGAUGUCAUCAGUGCCAUUUUCGAUAGUUACUUCGCUCAUGUAAAACUUUUGUACAAUGCAGGAGCAAGAAACUUUUUGUUCUUAAAUUGUCCUCGUAAGUCAUAUGUCCAGAUGAUCCUACAUAAAUAUGCUGGUGAAAAAUGAACUCCAGACGUUUUGAUACUAACAAUCCUAUCAAGCCAUCAACAAAUCCCCAAUGAUGCUCGCAUAUGGUGAUUCCGUCACUUCUUUAGAAGCCACCGUCAUAUCUGCCUACAACACCGAGCUCAAAUCCCGAGUAGCUGCUUUUGAAAGCGCCAAUACCGGGAUUACCACAUACGUCUUUGACACUCAACUUCCAUUUAACACCGCUCUCGAUGCUCCAACAGCAUAUGGAGCUACAAAUGCAACUUGUUUUGACGCCGAUGGAACAACUUGUCUUUGGUUUAACAAUCUCCAUCCUGGUCAAGCGAUUCAAAAAUUGGUUGCAGAGGGUAUUGCGGAACAAUUGUCGGGCGCUUUUUUCCGGGCUAGUUCCUGAAAUUCAUAGAUCGCAAGUUCUUUUUUGAUGACUCUUAUUACUCCUGUUAUUGCAAGCUCUUGGCCAAUUUUGCUGUUAAAGGAGUCUCCGGUAACUUUUACGCUGAAGUAUCGAUUAUAGCUUCUUUGAAGGCAUCCAUUGUUUCCGCCACAAUCGCCUCGAGUACUUUUAUCUCACUAGCUCAGCAUAUUUGGGUGGAGAUGAUGAAUGUGAAGCACAAAAGGCAGACGCUUCAUGUCUCUACCUAGAUGGAAGAUUAUCCUUUAACAGUCACAACGGAAUCUGCCAAGACGUACCGUUUAAAGAGUCAGACAUAAUGCGGAGAAGCUAGAGCUUCUUAUUUCUUGUUGUAAAAAUUUUCAAAUCUAUUUUGUACAUACUUGGAACCAUAAUUAUACAUCUCUUGUCAAAUUUGGAUCCCUCCU